CUUCCGGCGCGCUGGUGCAAUUGCGGUUCCGGGUCAGUGCUUCCCUAACCUGCCGGCCGUUCGGGCUAGUGACGCGCCCCGGCGUUCGUGAGAAGCCCCGGAGGCGGGGCUCUGCCGGCUGCCCAGAGAGCGGCAGGUGCGCGGGUCGGGGCCAGAGACGCGCGGAGGCCCCUCAUCCUCCCAGUAGAUUCGGUCUGCCCCCAAAGCGGCCCAGACGGGGUUGCUCCAAGUCCCAAGGCAGGGAUACUGGGUUGCCAUAGGUCCUUGGCCCACAUUUAAGAAGAGAUGAAGCUAGCUUGGGUAACUGGAACUUUUUAGGCACCUGUCUUGGAAUUCCUGGUUGCUGGCCUAAAGACUACUGUGGUUUAAGAGCUGGUCCUUGGGGCAGGAUAGCCCCACAGCAAAAUGUUUGCUAAACUAAAGAAGAAAAUUGCUGAAGAGACUGCUGUUUCCCAGAGACCAGGAGGUGCUACUAGGAUCCCACGGUCUGUGAGCAAGGAAUCGGUGGCCUCUAUGGGAGCUGACUCAGGAGAUGACUUUGCUUCCGAUGGAAGCAGCUCCAGAGAAGAUCUGUCGUCUCAGCUUUUGAGAAGAAAUGAACAGAUACGGAAAUUAGAGGCCAGGCUUUCUGACUAUGCCGAACAGGUCCGAAACUUGCAGAAGAUAAAAGAGAAGCUUGAAAUUGCGUUAGAAAAACACCAGGAUUCUUCCAUGCGGAAAUUUCAAGAGCAGAAUGAGACAUUCCAAGCCAACAGAGCCAAAAUGGCAGAAGAACUGGCUUUGGCAUUAGCCAGAAAGGACCAGGAAUGGUCAGAAAAAGUGGAUCAGCUUGAAAAGGAGAAAAGGUUUCUGACAGCUCAGCUGCAGGAAAUGAAGAACCAGAGUUUGAAUCUUUUCCAAAGGAGAGAUGAGAUGGAUGAGCUAGAGGGUUUCCAGCAACAGGAGCUAAGUAAAGUGAAACACAUGCUUUUAAAAAAAGAAGAAAGUCUGGGGAAAAUGGAACAAGAGUUGGAGACACAAGCCAGAGAACUUAGUCGCACCCAGGAGGCGUUGAUGACUUCCAAUCAGGUGUCAUCAGACCUAAGGCAGAAGCUAGAAGAAUUGCAGAGACGCUGCUCGGCGCUGGAAGAGCAGAGAGAUCUUGUGACAGCUUCAAAAACGGGUGUGGAAAAUAAGGUCACAGCCCUGGAGCAAAAGGAACAAGAGCUCCAAGCUUUCAUUCAGCAGCUUUCCAUUGAUUUGCAAACGGUCACUGCUGAAACUCAAGAGAAAGAAAAGCUCAUCACCCAUUUCCAGGAGAAAGUUGCAUCCUUAGAGAAGAGACUGGAGCAGAACUUAUCAGGAGAAGAACAGGCGAGGGAACUCCUGAAAGAGAAAACAGUUGCCGAGCAGAAUUUGGAAGAUACUAGACGGCAGCUCUCGGUAGCCAGAAGCAGCCAGGCCAAGGCUGUUGACAUCCUGGAAAUGCGGGUGAAGGAACUAGAGCAGAGUCUGCAGGCCUCCGAGGACAAGCUGAUGCAGAGCAGGGCUGUCGCUGCCACUCAGGAGGCUCAGAUUCAGGAGCUUGCCACUGCAAACCAGGAAAGCGGCCUUGCACAGCAGCAGUGCAGGGAGCACGUCCACGCGCUGGAGGCCCAGCUCGCUGCCCUGGAGACGGCUCGGGCAGCCGAGCAGGCGGCCGCAGAACGUCAGGUGAGGGAGCUGGAACAAGAAAAUGCAGUCCUUAAAGAAAAUAAGAAUGAAUGUGAACAUUCUUUGCAACACCACCAACUUGAAUUAAAGAAGCUAAAGGAAGAGUGGAGCCGAAGAGAAACUGCGAGUGUGACAAUGGCUCAAGUGCUGGAGGACGUGCGGAAGCAGAGGGAAGAGUUCCAGCAACAGGCUGCUAACCUGACAUCCAUAGUAGAUGAGAAGGAGCAGAGUCUGCAGGAAAAAAGUGCAGAGAUUCUGCAGAAAGAGCAAGAGAUUUUCCAGCUGAAGAAAGGUCACGAGGCGGCCCUGCUGCAAGCACACCAGCUGCAGAGCGAGCUGGAGGCCCUGAGAAGCCUAAGGGCAGAGGAGUCUGAGGCAGCUGCCGGGUGGCAGGACCGGCUGAGGCUGCCAGGCCAGGAGCCGGGGUUGGCGCUGUCAGUCAGUGAGACUCACCCUCACGUAGCCUUGAGGGCCAUGCAGGACCCUGUGUGCCAGCUUCCGCCUGCGGAGGGGAUACCAAAUGGUGAGGUGGGGGGCAUGGAUCUAGGGCAGCUACAGAAGGAAAAACAGGACUUGGAGCAGCAACUUCUAGAGAAAAAUAAGACCAUAAAGCAGAUGCAGCAGAGGAUGCUAGAACUCAAAAAGACCCUGCAGAAAGAACUGAAAAUCAGACCCGAUAAUGAGCUUUUUGAAGUCCGGGAGAAGCCUGGCCCUGAGAUGCCAAACCUGACCCCUUCUGUCACAAAUCACACGGACCUGAGUGAUGCCCGAGAGGUCAACUUCGAGUACCUUAAACACGUGGUUUUAAAAUUCAUGUCCUGUCGGGAGUCUGAGGCUUUUCAUCUUAUAAAAGCUGUGUCGGUGUUGCUGAACUUCUCACACGAGGAAGAGAACAUGCUCAAAGAAACCCUGGAGUACAAGAUGUCCUGGUUCGGGUCCAAGCCAGCUCCCAAGGGCAGCAUCCGGCCAUCCAUCUCCAGCCCUCGGACACCAUGGUCCUAGAUGAAACUACCCAAGGAUGGAGCUCCACGGGCUGACACUUUUUCUGUGAAAAGAACACUGACACACCAGUCUGG